CUCAAAUGGGUGAAGGCAGCGUAAGGAUGAUGACAGGCAGAAAAUCCGUGUUGUAGAAUAGAAAAUUUCGUUUUUUUCUUUGCUCGGCGGUUCUCUUGGGGUUCUUCAACUUCGCCUGUGGUUCGCUUCUUCUUCGUUUCCAAUAUCUCAAGUAAAGCAUCAUCAGAAAAUGGCUAUUAAAUCUUUGCUUUCCGUAAUGCUCGUCUCUGUUGCGGUGUCUUCAGUGUUUCCAGCUACUUCAGCACUGAACAUAGACUUUGUCUAUCAUCACUUCCCUCAGAUGACUGCAAUUUUACGACAACUAGCCAAUGAGUAUCCAGAAUUAACAAAGCUUUAUUCAAUUGGAAAAUCUGUCCAAGGAAGAGAUUUAUGGGUUAUGCUUGUUACAAGUGAUCCUAAUGAAGAACCUUUGCUAAAGCCUAACGUCAAAUAUGUAGCCAACAUGCAUGGUAAUGAGCCUGUAGGUCGAGAGUUGAUGUUGCAUCUGCUAUCCCUUCUGCUGGACGGUUACGGAAAGGACAACUACAUCACUUGGCUGUUGGACAACACGCGGAUUCAUAUCAUGCCUUCGAUGAAUCCAGAUGGGUUUGAAGCAUCCUCUGAAGGUGAAUGCUCUGGAGUACAAGGAAGGGGCAAUGCCAAUUCUGCUGAUCUUAAUCGUAACUUCCCAGACUUCUUUGCCGGACCACCGAAGGCAGGGAUCCAGCCGGAAACUCGGGCUGUUAUGGACUGGAUCAGGCAAACACAGUUUGUGCUGUCUGGAAAUUUUCAUGGUGGAGCUCUGGUAGCCAGUUAUCCUUUCGACAAUAUCCCAGCAAAUUCUCCGAAAAAUUUCCGCAAAUUCGGCAGUCCAUCGUUGACUCCAGACGAUGACGUAUUUCGCCAUUUGGCCGAAACCUAUUCUUUCAACCACAAAAACAUGUACUUGGGUGUGACCUGCCGAGACGGAAGUCCUCCUUUUCCGAACGGUACCACAAACGGUGCAGCGUGGUAUUCCUUGAUUGGCGGAAUGCAGGAUUACAACUAUGUGUGGGGUUCUUGCAUGGAAAUAACCUUGGAAAUUUCGUGCUGCAAGUAUCCGAAGAGCUUCCAGCUUCCUCAAUUCUGGAAUGAUAAUCAGAAGGCCAUUCUUCAGUACCUUGGUGAAGUCCAUCAGGGUAUAUGGGGUCAAGUGAUUGAUCAGAAUCAUAAUCCCAUUCAUAAUGCAACCGUGAAAGUAAGGGGCCGAGAAUUCGGUUCCAGGACUACUUACAGGGGAGAGUAUUGGAGAAUUUUGCGACCAGGAACUUACACUUUACAAGUUGAAGCUAGAGGAUACGAUCCUGUUGAACUGAACGUGCACGUUCCCAAAGGCGUUACAAUACAAAACGUCACCAUGUAUUCCCAAUCGUCUACUUAUUACGAACCAAGGAGUGAUCCAACUUACCAGAAAGGCGGUUUAGUACCUAGCAUUAGCCCAGUGCCUAAUGCUGCAUCAUACACAGGGACAACAGUUAAAGGAAUUUGGCCCACAUACACGAGGUCUCUGAAACCCAAAGAAGCUGUGAUAUUUCCACGUGGGUAUCUGUACCAAACAUCGCCGCAAUUCAUCGAUUACAGACCACCAUCUAAUCGCCUGCUUCUGAACUACAACUACUUCGGGGGUAAAUGAAAAUCGAACGUUCAUUUUCAGACUGCAUGGAUGUUCUUUUUGAUCUCAUGGGAAAUCUGAAGCCAAAAUGAUCCUGAAUUUAUCUCUGUGUUUUGAUUGAUGUCAUAGUUUAUAACAGUUGUCCUGACACCUGAAAUAACAAAGAAUUUCUUUUUAUGCGCCGACGUAUUAGAUUGUUAUUUCCUCAAACUUCAAAAAUGAUUUCAGCGUAGAAGCUAAAAUGUUAUUUGUGUGAAGUUUUAAUUUUGUACAUGGCAUUUAUUUUAAAUUGUCUGAAAAUGUUUUGUAUUCUUCAUUUUUAUUUUUGAAGAUAUUGGUAUUUUAAAUACCAUAAAUUUUUUAAACAAAAUAGUAGCAAAAAUUUUUUAUUAUGUCAUUGUCUUAGAGCAGGAACUCAAUAAGUUCUAUUACAUUUACUUUAAAACUGAAAUUUUGGUAUUAAUAAAGAUUUGAAAGCAAUUUCCAAUAUCGUGUGUAAAUUGAAUAAAUUUUGUAAACAAUAUUUUUUAUUACUCUUGUACAAUAUUUGAAAACAGUGUUGCAAAUUGCAGUAUUUUGCAAAAACUGUUAAAUAUUGCUAAAAUUUCUCAGAUCAAUUUUAUACAUUGGAAAAUUUUUUGGAUUCUUGCUAUAAUAAUUUAAAAGUUAUUUUGAUAUUAAUGGUAUCAAUACAAAAUUCUUGAUUGGUAAUCGGUGAGAUUCCGUUACUAAGAAGUUAAUAUAUUUGCAUUAGUAGAUUUUGUAUAAUUUUUUUGUCAAAUUUUUCAUUUGACAAAUUUGAAAUAAAUGAUUUGAUAACAUUUUAUUCAUUAAUUAAUUUAUCUAAGACAUAUUAAAAUUUUAAAAUCAUUAUUUUUAUUUUAUAGAAUUUAUUCUGCCUUAUCUUUUAUUCGUUUUUUUUUUAUGAAUAGAUCGAAAAAGUAAAAAAUUUCAUGUGCCGUUUUCUAAUCGAUGUUGUUUAUUCGUGCACUGGUAUUUUGUCUUGUUUUUUAUAUGCAUGCAUUUUAUUUUUUUACUUUGCGUUUUGUGAAAGUGUUUUUUAAUAUAUAUUUUAAUAAAUUAUAGCAGAAUUGUAUAAAAAUUGAAAGAAAGUAUUUAAACACUUCAAAGUACAAAUUUCUAAAUGAAUUUUCUACCAGAUUGUUAGUAUCUCGAUAUAUCACAUUUUGAUAAGUCUUCUAUCCCCUGCCAUACAGGAUGUAAAUUAAUUUGAAAUUUUUUAUUAAUAUUUUCAAAUAUAUAGUAUUUUUAUUUGCAUUUCUUUAUUAUCUUUAUUUUGGGAAUUUAAUAUUGCAAUUUUUUUUAUAAAUGUAAUCUGAUUAAAAAAGUUCAUUUUAUUGGAAUGAAAAAUAACCAAAAAGAAAUCUUUCGUUUUAGCUGUAAAUAUUAUUAAGCUAUUUUUUUAAAGUUUUUAUUUACUCUUAGCAUAAUUUUUAUGUUAAAACUUAUAUCUGCUGAGAUCAGAGGCUGCAAAACGUAUUCAAAGUGCCAAUGUUUUGUUUUAAAUAAAACUUUAAAGUCAGAUUUAAAAAUCUGACUAUCACGCAGUUCUAUUUUUUUUAUUACAUUGAGAAAAGAAGCAGUGAUCGUUAAUGCAGAGGUAUCUUACAAAGUAACCAUUAGGUUUUGAAAUGAAAUAGUUUUAGUAAUAUAAAUUACUGUAAUGCUAACCAAAAGGGGUUGAGGAACUGAUCCUAAAUUUUUAUUUGAAUUUCAUUUUUUUUCGCGUGAGCUAUUAAAAUGAAAGUAAACUCAUUCUCGCUUUAAAAAGUAAGAGGAAAGAAGUUUAUUUCGUCAAGAGAUAUUGGACUGGUCAAUAUGCGCCGAUGAUGUGAUCCUUUUACAGAGAUUUUUUUUUAAGGUCACCUUAUCUUAUCGUUUGCGAUUUGUUUCUUUGGAGUGGUAUUGAAAUACUUUAUAUAAUUUACUAUUUCAAUCUAUGGCGAAUGAACUGCUUGAUCAAUCUUUUUAUGGACAUAGAAAAUAAUGUGCUUCUAUGGCCUAGGGGAAAAGAAAAAGAUUACUCUAUAAAUGCGUUUAUAUAAAUUUAUAAGAAUGUAUAUAGAACAUUUAUAAUUAUUAGAAUAAAUUUAUUCGUUUUUAAUUUUUAUGAAAUGGUGUUUAUUUUUAUUGUUGUAUUAUUUUGAGAAAUCCUGUGAAUUAAAACCCAGUGAUUAAUUUGAAAUUACCUUGUAUUGUAUAAAAUUAAGAGAUUUUGUUUUAAUUUUUGUUUUCAGCUUUUAUUAUAAAAUAUUGGCAGUUUUUAUAUUUUUAUUCAAUAAUUAAUAAAUGAUUGCUAAAUUGAAAGAAGGCAAUUGUUACCCUCAAAAGCUAAACAAAUAGCAGCUAUCUUGGAAUAUUGGACUCCUUUGAUGUUCUAGUAUUUUAGAAUCUAAUGCACCUGUACUAUGUUGUAGUCAGCAGCUCGAUGUUAGUUUUAAACGUGGUUGUUAAUUUCGUUUGUUUUUAUCAUAUUUAUUUUCAUUUUUUGUUGAAAGCUUUGUGUGAAUAAAUAAAUUUCUGAUUGCAUUUCUCA